AAGGAGUGCAAUUCCACCGCCGUCUAUUUGUCAAAGCCCCCACCCCCCCACAGAAGAAGAAGAAAACAAUCCGAAAGUAAAAAAUGGUAAAGUACAUGCGACAGCACAGCGAGCGGAAACCCGAAGAGGCUCCGUCGGAGUCUGACGCGUUCACGGACCAGCAAGAUUUCGGAGAAUUGGCCGACUAUUCUCUCAGCGACGUUUUAUACUCCAAAUGUUCCGCAAUGGACCAAAUCGGCACUUUCAUGAAGAACGUGCAAGUGCUGCUCGACGCCGCAACUUACAUAGAAAAUGUCGAGAAGAGCAACGGAAAAUGUGAGCAUGGGUAUGCUUCGACGUCCCCUGACACCCAGACUGCACACCAUCAGAAACAACAUAAAUUCAAGAAUAGGAAGUUGGACAAUAUUAACAAUAGGUCAGCACACAAUGAACUGGAAAAAAAUAGACGAGCACAUCUCCGCCUGUGUUUGGAGAGGUUGAAGUCCCUCAUCCCUCUGGGACCCGAAAGCAGUCGGCACACCACGCUGGGACUGCUGAACAAGGCCAAAGCACACAUCAAGAAACUUGAAGAGAUGGACCGGAGGAGUCUGCACCAGCUGGAGACCUUAGAGAGGGAGCAGAGGCAUCUGCAGAGGCAGCUCUCCCAGCUGCAGACUCAUGGAGACCGGGACCGGGUCCGUACGGACAGCCAGGGCUCCCACAUGGACUCUGACCACUCCGAGUCUGACAGAGAGGAGAUCGAAGUUGAUGUCGAAAGCACUGAGUUCUCCCAUGGAGAAAUGGACAGCGUGAGCACCAGUGGUGCGAGUGACCUGGAUGACCACAGCAGCCGGCAGAGCUCCGCCAGCGACGAGGGCUACUCCACAUGCAGCCUCAAACUGGCCUUCUCUGCUUGAAGCACCAGCCGAUACGUUUACCCGGGCUGCGGGCCUUCGUGGCUCUCACCAGUACCAGCCGGCAGCUCCGUCCUCCCUCCGCAGUUCAGGGUCAACUGUCUCCAUAAGAAGAACAAGCCUCGAUCCCACCUUUACCUGACAAGUGAAAUGUCUACUCCCCCCCUCCUGAGAACCAGCCUUAAGUUCAACACUCUCCUUCCAAAAAAGGGGCUUCAGUCUGAAACAUUUUGUACACAAAAGCCUCCAAAGUUAACUUCUCCGUCAAUACGCAGUUUCUUCAUUUUCCAGAGUUGACUUAACCAAUUACCUGAAUAUCCCAUUAUCAGCUUGACUCAACCACACCUGCACUCAAUACUGACCCUGGAGAGGACCCACGCACCAGUGUCCAACACUGAAGCGGGAACUCUACCUUUAGUCAAGUUCAUCCUCCUAAAAACCAGCACAAAAAAACAACUAAAAACAACCACUAAAAAACGCAAUACCAGCUAGAAGCUCACCAUUGUGAAUGUUCGCUCCAUUUGCCUUGUAAUAACGUUGCCCUUUUUCUCUGGAUGAUAUAUCCAGAUGGCACUUCUCGACAGUGUGCAAGCCAGUGGAAACGGCUGCAGUGUCUGCAUUCCAACAUGUUUAUUACACUCCUCGACGCUCCGCUUUAAGACUCACACCCAUCGCCGGUCCGCGUGGCGUCCCUUCUCUCGACUGAACGACCGUUGUAUCCAAACCGGUGGUGCGCAGUCCACCCUUGUUAUUCUAAUUUAUUUUGCAUAUAGUAUUUAUUUUUGGUAUAUUUCAUUUUUUCUGUCGCUAGGUAUUUGGUGAUGGUUUAAAAAAGAAAGAAGAAGAAAAAGAAAAAAACUCCGCUGUUAGUUUUCUUCACGUCGUUUAAAAAAAAUAGUUACUUGACGAGAAAUUGAAGCCCAAUUUGACGCAUUUGCAGCGCUGAAGGUUUUAAUGUAUCGCUUCAGUCUUUUUUUUAAGAAUGAUAUCUUGACAAUAGUGGGCGGAUUCCAUUUGAUUUGGACAGUAAUACUAUCCCGUGCUUGUCAGCGAUAAAGCAUCUACUUCCAUCACAACUGUCAUGCUGGCUGUGUUUAACACACUUUUCUGUCCGUCCGACGCCAAAUUGCAGUUUGCUAGUUAAACACUUGCCCAACUAGUAGCAUCAAUUUUCAUACUUAGUAGGAAAAAACCCGAUUGUAAUCGAUUACAAAAAGAAGAAAAAAAGAAGCUAUGGUGCAUGUGUAUCGAAUGUAGCUAUCAUAUUGUAAUGUGCUUUGGAUUGACACGUCUUAAAUGUCUGUAGCAUGAACAUAAACGCUACAGAAUACUCA